AGAAAGUGAGGGAGUGUGUGUGUGUGUGUGUGUGUGUGUGUGUGUGUGUGCGCGCGCGCGCGCGCAGGUGUUCCCUGAGAGCCUUCUAUUGACCCUCCAUUCUCCCAGCCCUGCUCUUUGCCCAGGAGACUGACCUGUGCAGACCACAUCAGAGGGUGCGUCUGGCUUUCAGUUAGUUUGGGCCUUGAAGGAGCCUAACCGGGAAACAAUAGGAUGGAGGAACUGGGUACUAUCACCAUGGUUACCAUUCGUGAGGUCACAGUGGCUCAGCCUCCCCUGAAGCCAGCCGUCCUCCUGAGGUACCUGCUCUGCCAAGAUUUCUUUCAGGUGUCAGUAGCCCACAGGCCGAUCUCAAAUGAUUGGUGAUGGAAAAGUCGUACGGACUUUUCUUUUCACCUUGUUGAGACAGGAUCUCAUGUGGCCCAGGCUAGCCUGGGAUUCACUACAUAGCUGAAGAUGAACAACUGACCUUCGUGCCUCAGCCUUCCAAGUGCUGGGAUUUGAAGCUCCUGAAGUUGUUCCUCUGCUUAGACCUCACUGCGGAGGACUGUUCACCUCACCAACGGGAGACAUGGCCAAGGUGCUGUUGCUCAUCUUCAUCACGGUUUAUCCAGGAUCCUGUGCUCUCUGGGUGUCCCAGCCCCCCGAGAUUCGUGCGCAGGAGGGCACUACUGCCUCCCUGCCCUGCUCCUUCAAUGCCAGCCGAGGAAAACUGGCCAUUGGCUCUGUCACAUGGUACCAAGACAAAGUAGCCCCGGGGAUGGAGUUGAGCAACGCAACCCCAGGGUUCAGAGGCCGCUUGGCCUCUUUUUCUGUUUCCCAGUUCAUUAGGGACCACAAGGCAGGGCUGCACAUACAGGACACCCAAAGUCAUGAUGCCGGAAUCUAUGUGUGCAGGGUGGAGGUGCUAGGCCUCGGCGUGGGAACGGGAAAUGGGACUCGGCUGCUGGUGGAGAAAGGGCCUCCUCAGCAAGCCCCCAACACAGAGCAAGCAGCUCACACUAGCAUCCUCCUCCGGGCUGGAUUCUAUGCCCUCAGCUUUCUCUCUGUGGCCACGGGCAGUACCAUCUAUUACCAGGGCAAAUGUCCCUGUCACGUGGAAAACACCGCCUCUCCUCCCGCAGCCUCUGAGAAGCGAUUCUAAAUCCCAGUGAUUCAGCACUCUCAAGAGGCCAGCAAUAAAUCCUUACCGGCUCCACUCUCCUA